AUGGCUGUUAAUGGAGUAGAUCCGAAUGUAUACCCGAUCCUGAUUCGAGAAGUAUGGGAUGAGAAUCUCAAAGAAGCAUUCGAAGAAAUUUCUAAUUCAAUUGAUGAAUUCCCCUGUAUUUCCAUGGAUACAGAGUAUCCCGGCAACAUCUACAAUCCCGUCGUACCCUUCUCACAGCUGUCUCUGACGGAGAAGUAUAGUCUGAUGAAAUUAAAUGUCGAUGAAUUGAAGCUUAUUCAGGUCGGGAUUACCCUUUCAAAUGCUAAUGGGAACUUGCCGGAAUUGGUAACUGAAGGUGAACGGUUUCGGGUUCUAUGGCAGUUCAACUUUUCUGAUUUCGAUCAGAAAUGUGAUCGGUACGCAGAGGCUUCGAUCCGGCUCCUUGUUAACAGUGGGAUUGACUUCGAGAGGAAUCUAAAAUUUGGGAUUAGAUCAAAUGAUUUUGGUGAGUUGUUGAUGUCGUCGGGGCUUGUAUGUAAUGAUUUAGUGAGUUGGGUAACAUUUCAAGGCGCGACUGAUAUCGGGUACUUGUUGAAGAUUCUCAGGGGCCGGAAUCUUCCAGAUAGUUUAGAUGAGUUUUUUGAAUAUGUUAAGAUGUUUUUCGGGGAUACAUUAUAUGAUGUGAAGCGUUUGAUGAGCCAUAUUCAUAAUCUCCACGGUGGUUUAGAUGGGGUGGCGAGACAGCUCGGAUUGGUCCGGGUGACCGGGAGACAACAUCAGGCUGGUUCAGAUAGUUUAUUAACAUGUCAUGUCUUUUAUAAGAUGAGAAAUAAUUAUUUUGUAAAAGGUGUGCCGGACCCCGGCUUUUUGUAUGGAUUAACUAAUUGA